AUGGAUUUUUAUCUGAAAGCUGCUGUUUGCAUCCUGAUCCUCACACGACACACGGUCCGUUCCACUCAUCCAGAUUGUUCCAUCGUUCUUCACCUGCUGAAGGAAGAGAACGAGUGUAAAGUCAAAAUCAAGAACCUGGAAGCAGCAGAAUCACUCGGUUGUGUGAUGGAGUGGGACGGACUGAGUUGUUGGUCGCCAGCGUCCGAGGGAGAGAUCGUCUCCGUCCACUGUCCUGAGCUGCUGCUGCAGCCUGGAACUGCUCCAGUGGUCGUCAGCAGGAGGUGCUCAGCCCGAGGAUGGAGAGAACCCGAGCCUCCUUAUCACCUCGCCUGUUUCUCCGAGGAGGAGGAGGAGCAGGAGCAGGAGGAGGAGGAGGAGAUGAGCCGAGAGAAACAAUACUUUGAUACCCUGAGGUGGAUCUACAGCGUUGGUUACGGAGCGUCUCUGGCUGCGCUCUUCAUCGCCGUGCUGCUCUUCUGCUUCUUCAGGAAGCUGCUCUGCACUCGCAACUGCAUCCACCUCCACCUGUUUGUGACCUUCAUGCUCCGGAGUCUCGCCGUGUUCAUCAAAGACGCCGUGUUGUUCGCCGACAGGAGCACGGACCACUGCACCGUGUCCACACUCUGGUGCAAAGCAGCCGUGACCUUCUUCCACUUCUGUGUGACCUCUAACUUCUCCUGGCUGCUGGUGGAGGGCCUGUACCUGCAGACGCUGCUGAUCUUCACCUUCACCGAGACCAGGAAGCUCUUCAGGAUCUACGCCGCCAUCGGCUGGGGUUCUCCCACGGCUACGAUUGUAAUCUGGGCUCUGCUGAAAGAGAAGCUGGAUAACGAGGGGUGUUGGGACGACCUGGACAGCAGCUUGUGGUGGAUAAUCAAGAUUCCCAUCCUGCUCUCCAUCUUUAUCAACUUCCUCAUCUUCGUGAACAUCAGCAGAAUCAUCGUUCAGAAGACCAAGGCCACCAACGUGAACCAAAGUCAAACUCAGCUGUGGAGGAGACUCCUCCACUCCACCCUGCUCCUCAUCCCUCUGUUCGGAGUUCACUACGUGGUGUUCGCUCUGUUUCCUGAACACGUCGGCGUCGGACCUCGACUCUACCUGGAGUUGGUGCUGGGCUCCUUCCAGGGUUUGAUCGUUGCUGUGUUGUACUGCUUCCUCAACGGAGAGGUGCAGAAUGAGAUCCAGAGCUGGAUGCGGAGCUGCCGACCGGAGACGAACACGAACGUCGUCAAUCUGCCGACACAAGAAGACGUUCCUUAA